AUAAAUAAUCUUGAUUGUUGUCCCUAAUGGCGUGUUAUCAAUCAAUAAUGACAUUUGAGUCUUGACUUUGUAUAUAUAUACUACUAAUAUCCUUUUUUAGCUUUAAUUACUUUCCCUUUAGAAUUUGAUCUAAAGCUGUGGCUGUCGGUUGGUGCGGUUUCUGCCACCACCCAUUAAUCAACUCCUUUCUCUUUCUCAUUUUCAUUUGUUUAGAUCCUUAUCAUAUUGUUUACUUCUUGUAAAAGGAUUCUGAAUUCAACCUUAGCGAUAUUUUGGGGUGCGUUUAUAUCAAAUAGAAGUGACUGAACGCCUUAGAGUGAUAUAAAGAUUGAAGCUUUACGAGGUUUUAUUUUGGGAGAAUAAGUUUGUAAACAAAAGAAAUGGAGAGAUGUGGGGAUUUUAUGCAAUGGCUUCUACCUGAUAUGUCUAUAAAGAUCUUAAUGUGUUUGGAGGAUCCUUCUGAUCUUGUUCGGGUUUCUGCUGUUUCUAGUUCUUGGCGCCAAUUCGUGAUUGGAAAUGGAUUGUGUAAGCAUCUCUGUUUAAGGAGAUUUCCUGAAAUAUCAAGGGUUGCAAAUAUGGUUGAUGUUAAAAACACGAUUACACCAGUGGUAUCUCAGCCUGAAAAAACUACCGAGUGGUUAUGUCAGGAGUGGGAUCACAGAGUUUAUGCAUUUAUGGCACAAGGCCUUUCCAACUGUACGAGGAAAGAUUGCUUACUAGAUGCAAUCCUUGCAUCAAGCACUGAUAACUAUCCUGAAGAAAGCAUUCUGAAUACAUUAGAACCGAGUGACCGGGUUGGCCGCAGGGCUUCAUACUGGUCAAGUAGAGGAGAAAGUGAUCCUACUGUUCCUGAGACACUAACAUAUAAAUUAAUCUCAAAGUUGUGCUUGAUUUCAGAAUUUCAUGUACAACCAUUUCAAGCGUAUUUCCAGUUUGGCUUUCCCAUUUAUUCAGCAAAAGCUGUGAGAUUCAGAGUGGGACAUCCUAAUGUUAAGAUAGAUGUAGAAAGUGACGACAGACAUGAAUCUGCGGCUGCUCAAGGAUCUUUGUUGGACAAGAUCAUAUGGACAUAUACCUCACCAGCAUUUCCCAUGGCUCAGGAGAACAGCUUGCAGAAGUUUAAGCUGCCAGAACCUGUUCUUUGCAUUGGUGGAGUCCUACAAGUAGAGCUCUUAGGCAGAGUUCAAAGACAAGAAUUGGAUGGUCAAUAUUAUAUAUGUGUGUCGCAUGUUCAAGUUGUUGGAAGACCACUCUUGCCAGCAUUUGAUGUUGAGAUACUCGAUGAAUCCGGAAAGUGGAACCUGAAGUAUUACCCAAAAGAAAACUCGUGCCAAUCACGUACUAAAUUUUCUGUAGGAGAGUCAAGUAGUACUCGGCUUCGUAGUUUUGGUUCAAACUUAAGGGGAUGGGAGCAAAUGAUCCUGGAUACACUACUAGGAGCUGGAGCUGUCGUGGUUGAUGAUGAUUCAGAUGAGGAGUAUGAUGUCUAGUUUGGGUGCCCUUUUUUAGGCCUUAAACAGUUGGGAAUGACAGAUUCUGAGUGUAAAGAUCUUACCUUUCUUUGCUGCUCUGUAAAUUAAUUAUUCACCUGAGUGUUGGGUUUGUUAGUUUUCUUGCUUACAACCACAACAGUGCUUGGCCUUGCGCCAACGAGAGAUUGUUGUAAUCUUUCUUUCUAUUAUGUGACUGAGUCACAAAUUGCCAAUUUAAAAUCCAAAAGAAAAGGCCGGUAAAAGUGGAUA